AUGGCGCCUCAAACAAUGAAAAAGAUAUGCAGUGUUUUGAUGAUAGUAGUUUUAUUUAUGAUGAUGGUUUCAACAUAUGCGAGUACACUGGAAGUGUGUGUUAAACAUUGUGUCCCAAAUCAAUGCAUGAAAGUUUCUGAAAAGGCAACUCUUCCUUUGUGUGAAAAUGCAUGCAAAAAACUCUGCAAUGAAAACAAGUUUUCUCAUGAGAAAUCGAUCGUGCCUCGAAGUUACUGCGAUGGGUUAUGGUGGUGGCUAUGUAAAAAACCAAAAUAA